UGGAAGUCCCCAGUCGAGCAGCAGCGAGGCGGCUGUGACAGGGAUUCUCACGUUUUAACUCUCUCUUGCUGAGAAAAACAGAAAAGUGUGGAAAAGUUGCAUCAGAAGCGCGGCCUUGUUUUUCCAAUUUAUCCCGAGCAUGGAAGCUGAGAAGAAGAGAUAAAGAGAAGUCAACCUGCAGACUUUCAUCUUUUGGAGGAUUACCGCUCACAUGUGAUGAUUCUCUCUCGCUGACUUUGCUGGACUUCUAAGAAAGUUUCUCAAGUGUGGGUGAAUGUGGCAGAAGAGGCAGGAAAACAUGUCCAGCAGAUGUUUCGGUCACCUGUUGAGGGGAGUCUGGCUGCUCUGGCUCUGGCAAGCUGUGUUUGUGGCUGGGAAUAAACUGUGGGAAGUGCCCACAGCCUCCUUCUCAUCCAUGACCAACAUCAGCAAGAAUUUAAAAUGGGAGCCCUCCUGCCUGCAGCGCCACCCACAGGACGGCGUGAGGAUCACCUCAGAUCUUCCUCCUAGACUGGAUGGAACUUGGGUGUCCACAAGGUGUGAAGUCCGUCCGGGUCCAGAGUUCCUCACUCGGUCCUACACCUUCCAGCCCUCUCGUCACUUCCUGGCCUUGCAGCACUACUACAGCGACAGUGGCUGUGAGGACCCCUCUUACUCUUUGAUGAUCAGGGGGAAGCUCCGGCUGAGACAGGCCUCGUGGAUCACUCUGGGAGCCACUCAGGCGGAACAUCACCUUAGCAAGGUGGGCAUUGUGGUCCACACGCCGGUGGCCAAGCAAAGGUUAACCUCCAGACUUCCUUCAUCCUGUGUUGGGCUGAGUCUGGGACGUGCUGUGCCAGGAAAGCUCCACGAGCUGUACAACACCCGAGCUGGCAGAGGGUGUUUGGCAGCGCUCGGCUUCUCCAUGAUGGAGCUGGAUCUGGUUCGAGUGGAGACGCAGCAUCAUGGUCAUGGAGGCAAAGUGCAGGAGCUGUUUUUGGGAGACUUGCACACUGACUGGACUUUGAGGACUCAGUACAGACCCACGGGUUACCAGCAGCCCCUGCAGAAUGCCCUGCAUCACGUCCAUCCUUGCCCUGUGUGUGCCUUGGUGUAUCGCUCCUCAGAACAGCGCCCCCCGGUGUUGCCCCACACUCGAGCAAUUCAUCUCUCAUUGGCGGGUCGCUGGGUCAGUCAGCGAUGUGAAACUCGCCCUACGAUUCUAUUCCUCACUCGAGAAUUCACUUUUGUGCCGGAACGCCAUGGAUGGGAGGGUAUUUACCGCCACUUCUCCGACCCCGUUUGCUCCCAGCCUACCUUCACUCUACGGGCCUCCGGACACUAUGCUCCCGGUCACCCAUCCGCUAAAGUGUCAGGCGCUACGGAGUUUGUCUUCAAGGUCACGCAGGUGAGCGUGACACCUGAGGAGCAGGCGACUGCGAAGCUGCUGAACAGCACCAGGCCUGGGAAGUGUGGUCAAGCUGGUGGAUGGGCAGUGGGAGUGGAGCAGGACCUGACCCAGACCGAUGGCUGUACGGUUCUGGGCAUCAAGCUGCCUCAUAAAGAGUACGAGCUUUUCAAGUUGGAGUUGGACCACGAGAAACACCCGCUGCUUUUUAUCGGAGAGAGGCCGAGUGAUGGGUCGAGUCCAGACCGACCGCUGAGAAGACCCACUUCAUUUCAGGCUCCGCUGGAGCGAUGCAGCCACGAAGACUCACAAGCAUCAUACUCACAUGACUUGGGUUCUAACAGCAAGCAAGUCCAGCUACCAACCAGUGGAGCAGAGAAGCUAGCACAGGCGGUAUCAGCGCUGUUUGGACUGGUUGUGUGCAGCUGGAUUUGUUUUCUCUAGAGACUCACAAAUCAAGCCACAACAAGAAACAUGGACACAGUUGUUCACAACAGCGCCUCCCUCCUGAUUCACGCUGACCGCCGAUGGUGCAGACAUUUUAUGAGACGUGCAGGGGUCAACUACAGUCGAUGUUGCCUUCAGGAACACUUCAAAGGAAAUCUCUCCUGAAACCAUCACCAGUAACAACAUUUGACACUGAUGCUGUUUUUCAAUAAUAUAUUCUUUCAAGCCAUUUUGUAUAUUGAUGAUCAAUGAUUUUCUACAUUAAAACCUUUGUAUGUCAUCCAACAUUCCAGCAAACAAAUAAAGCCUUCAGCCACACAACUGAUGCACUUUGUACAAAAUUCACCUCCUGUUUAUGAUUGUGACUUUUUUUCUCCCUUCAGUCACCCAUGAUGGAAAAGCUAUUUAUUUCUAAAGGAUAUUAAUUGUGAUUUUUAAUUAGCUUCAGCUUGUAUCGCCAUACC